AUGACCGAUGAGAGUGAGGCAACAAGAGAGUGUGCAUUGCUUGCGACAAGUUUCAACACUAGUUGCGAACGCAUGGAGACCCCACCUCUUGUGUAUUAUGCUUGGAUGAACCUACACUGGAAUUCCGGAGCCAAGACAGCCACUGCAACAGUCGAGCUUCUCGAACGACAGAAUAUCAACACCGAAACCCAUGAGAAACCAUUUGAAGCGCUCGGAGAACCACAAAAAGGGCAAAUAUAUUACGGUCAUGGCGAUUGCAUCAUCCAGGCUGAGGCUUUCCAUGCGAUGAUGGAGAAUGGAAUGGUUACCGUGCGCUUCAUCGCGUGA